GACAAACGUAAACAGUGAUCUGUGGUAAACAACGAAGAUGAAAAUAAUCCCAUUUCCCACAAAAUUUUCGAAAUUCUAAUAAGGAUUACUUGAUAAAUUUAGAUUUUACAAUAGAAUUUUACUAUUACAGUGAACUGUGCAAUAGAACAUAUUUGUGAACUUUUGAAAUUAGUUGCCUGUUAGUCCUCCAAUUCGAUAGCCGUCUAAACAAACUUCAGUAUUUAGUAAAUGACAAAAUGUCUCCACAAGUAAUUUUACUGUUCAGCGGUAAGAGAAAGUGUGGCAAAGAUUUUUUAACUGAUCGCUUAAAAGAAAAAUUUGGUGAAAAGUGUGAAAUAAUAAAAAUAUCCAAGCCCAUCAAGAGUCAUUGGGCCAAGGAGAAUAAUCUGAAUCUAAAUGAGCUAUUAAGUGACGGUGAAUAUAAGGAACUGUAUCGGCUGGCUAUGAUCAAGUGGAGUGAAGACAUGAGGGAAAAAGAUUAUGGUUGCUUCUGUAGAGCUGCUUGCGAAAAUGCUCUUGACAAACCAAUAUGGAUCGUGAGUGACGUGCGUCGAAUGACAGACAUACAGUGGUUCAAAGAAACGUAUGGAGAACUUGUGAAGACCGUAAGAUUGAUAGCUGACGAAGAAACUCGAAUAGAAAGAGGCUUUCAGUUUAAGGAAGGUGUAGAUGAUGUUGCUUCUGAAUGUGGUUUAGAUGAUUAUAAUGAAUGGGAUCUAGUUAUAAACUAUGGUAAGGAGAAGCAUUCUUUAGAGGAGCAACUUGAAAGUAUUGCAACUUUAAUGCCGAAUUUAUGAUAAGAUCUGAAACAUUUAGUUGACAUUUUGCAUUUUUUUAUAUUAUGGUGUGAGGAAUACCUCUUGGUUAUUAAUUUAAAUGGGCAUUAUGUGGUUAUGAAAAUACAGAUGUCAUAAGUUAAUUACAUUAAGCUUUAUGCACUGUGAUUAGUAUAAGAUUUUUAUUGUUUUUAAAAUUAUGUUGUUAUGUGUUACUUAUGUCCUGCACGUUUUUUUGGGUGCAGCCGCCCUAACUAAAAAAAACAUAGGUAUUUAAAGUUAUAACUUUUGAAGACUUUAAGAGAAACCUUUUUCAGGGUUCCAUAGACAAAAAAGGAAUCUGUAAUUUAAUAUAAGUUUUAUAUUAAGACCGCCUGCAUAAAAUCUAGUUCAUCCCAUGGCGUAUCAUUGGAGACGUCUUCAAAAAUAUUGUGGGUUUGGGAAAACUAUUUCUCAAUUCAGUGUGCACUAAAAAAGUUUAAAGUGCGUUGUUAGUAACAAAACCCAUCAUUUUAGUCGGGAUUGUGACCCAUAAAAAUGGAGCCCUACACGCAUAUAAUCAGUUUUUAAAUUUUAAUAUACCUAAAGACUGUUCUAAUCAGUCUUUUACUUUGAACAAUGUUUUUUGUGUGAUCGUAUUUCUUUUGGUUAUCUAUUAGCAAAAAUUUAUAUAAAGCAAUAUUUGGUGCUGACAUCUGGUGAUACGUUCGUAAACUACCAACGCACUAACGCUUGUGUGUGUAACGUUUUCUGCGUGCCGACGUGGCAGUUCCAUCAGAUGCCGCGUGGUGUCGCUGCACGUAGCGGCCGCGUUGUCGUCUCGCGCUAUGGAGAUUCCGCCGCGCGCAAUGACUACCCCGCUCUAAGUUAGUCAAAGCAUACUUACCUGGCGUAGGGGACACCGUGAUCAAGAAGGCGGUUCCCCCAGAGCGAGGCCCUUCCAUUGCACUGCGGCUGGGUUGACCUCUGCGAUUAUCCCUAAUGUGGAUAACUCGGACGCGUAAUUUUUGGUAGUGGGGACUGCGUACGCGCCGUCCCCCCCGGAAAAAAUUUAAAAGAUUAAGGUUCUACUUCAAGUCUCUGUAUCUAUAGAAGUAUAGAAGACAGAAGUAGAACAUUUUGAAAAUUUGUAUUUUGUACAACUGAAUACUGUCAAGUCAAUUUUGCAUGAGAAGCUUCAUUUCGAUGAGACGAUCAACUUUUUUAUUUACGAAAAUUAUAUAUAAUAUGAAAUAAAAAUUAAUGAGCGUCGGAACGAGAUAAUGUACCACGAAAUUUGUAGGACAUUGGCUUAAUCAACAGUAAAAAAAAUCAGGUUAGUAAUAACUUUUGAUAAACUACCCUCCUACCAACUUGCAUCAAUAACGAGGUUAGUAGUUACUAACCAGCUGUUUUUUUUGUAUAAUCUUUUUAUAUUAUGACAAUAGUAUUAAUAGGUGUGGACACGGAUUCUGCGUUAUCUAGAUUUUAUUUAGAGUAAGAAUCUCCUGAAAUUGGUGUAAGUGUAUAAUGUAUUUAGUUAUUUAUUUUUAUAUUGUAGCAGGCGGAUAAUUAUUAUCUAUCAAAGAUAGAUUCUAAUUAUUAAAAUUAUCUAUCCGCAAUUAAGUAUAUACACUUUUAGCAGGUUAAUUAAAUGAUUAUUAUUUAUUGUUUCCCUUAAAAAGGCAGUAUUAAAUGCGUGUGUAUAUGUAUUUUAUAUUUUUUUACAAUAUAAACAAAAAUACUGAAAA